GGUUUAAGGGAGCAAAGAAUUAGGGUUUUGGAGGUGUGAAGAAGUUCUCACAGUUUAGUGAAUUCGUAGUUGUAGCAACAGUCGUAUCAGCGUCGCGUUCCGUCUAGUUUGUCAUAGGUGAUUCUAUGGCCCCGUCAAGAGCGAUGGUAGAGAAGAAACAAUCAAAGGUGGAGGCUGAGGUUGAUGGUGCCGGGCCAGAGUUGGCGUCCAGGUCGCAGAAAAAACAGAAAUCUAGAAAACGGCAGAAUGGUACUUCACAGGUGAACACCGACUUGACUGAGGCGACUGGUAACGGACAUGACGAGCGUGAAGUUGGAAAUCCGAAAAAGAAGAAGAAGAUGUUGAAUGUGCAGCCACAGGUUGUGGAAGCGAACGCCGAGGAAGAGGAAGAGAAGGCGGAGGAGGAAAUGGAUGGAGAGGUCGCAGAGCAAGCGGAGGCUGACGAAAGAGACAGCAAGGACGAACCCGACGUUGCCAAGGCUGAAAUGAACAGCAAGAAAGGCAAGAAGACUACCUUCACUAUUGAGAAUUUAGGAGGAACUACUCAGGUUGAAGGGAUUAUGAGUACCACCGCCUUCGAGUCGUUGCCGGUUUCGGAGCCCACCAAGAAUGCCCUGAAAGACACCGGGUUUACUCACAUGACCGAGAUUCAAGCGAGGUCAAUUCCUCAACUGCUGACUGGUCGCGACGUUCUGGGAGCUGCAAGGACUGGAUCGGGAAAAACGCUGUCGUUCGUGGUGCCGGCAGUGGAGUUGCUAUUUCAUGGACACUUCAUGCCGCGAAACGGGACUGGAGUGAUAGUUAUCUCUCCCACGAGAGAGCUUGCCAUGCAGAUAUAUGGAGUCGCUCGAGACAUACUGAAGUAUCACAAGCAAACGCACGGUAUUGUGAUGGGGGGAGCGAACAGGAGAACGGAGGCGGAGAAGCUGGUGAAGGGGGUGAACUUCUUGGUGGCUACUCCAGGUCGGCUGUUGGAUCACUUGCAGAACACGAAGGGGUUUGUGUUCAAGAACCUGAAGUGUCUGGUGAUCGACGAAGCGGAUCGAAUCCUGGAAAUAGGGUUCGAGGAGGAAAUGAAGCAGAUAAUAAAGUUGUUGCCGAAGGAGAGACAAACAGUGCUGUUUUCAGCCACUCAGACGACAAAGGUAGAGGAUUUGGCGCGGGUGUCGUUCAAGAAGGCCCCUCUGUACAUCGGUGUAGACGACGGUCGAUCGAAGGCGACAGUGGAAGGAUUGGAGCAAGGGUAUUGUGUGGUGUCGAGUGCGCAGCGAUUCUUGCUUCUGUUCACGUUUUUGAAGAAAAAUCUGAAGAAGAAGAUUAUGGUGUUCUUUUCGUCGUGCAACUCUGUGAAGUUCCACAGCGAACUGUUGAACUACAUCGACAUUCCGUGCCUGGACAUUCACGGGAAACAGAAGCAGCAGAAGAGGACGUCAACGUACUUUGAGUUCUGCAAUGCGGAGAAGGGUAUCCUACUGUGCACGGACGUUGCUGCACGUGGGCUAGACAUUCCAGCAGUGGACUGGAUUAUUCAGUAUGACCCUCCAGAUGACCCAAGGGAGUACAUUCACAGAGUGGGUCGAACUGCAAGAGGUGAAGGAGCGCAGGGCCGGGCGCUGCUGUUUCUGAUACCGGAGGAGUUGGGAUUCCUGAAGUAUCUGAAGGGCGCAAAAGUGCCAUUGAACGAGUACGAGUUUCCAUUGAACAAGAUAGCGAAUGUGCAGUCACAACUGGAAAAGCUGGUGGAGAAGAACUACUACCUGCAUCAGUCGGCUCGUGAUGCAUACCGGUCUUACUUGCUGGCUUACAACUCGCAUGCUAUGAAAGACAUAUUCAACGUGCAUCGGCUGGAUCUACAGGCGGUGGCGUCGUCAUUCGGGUUCAACUGCCCUCCGAAGGUGAACCUGAAUCUGGAUAGCAGUGCUGCAAAGUUCAGGAAGAAGGGGCCAAAAGUGGAAGGGCGGAGUAUCGGCAAGCACGGGUUCAAUGCAAGCAAUCCUUAUGGGAAGAAAGCAGGUGGAGGCGCGACGAAGUUCACCCGGUUCUAGGAUGAGUUGGUGGAGGGUUGGUGGCGCAUUUGUGCGGCGGUAGAAAGGAGAAUAGGUUAGCGGUAGGGACAGCAGCGCAAGCAGUUUAGGUUAAGUGGGUAGAAUGUGGAUUCAAUGAGGGGGAGAAGUGGGAUGGUGAAUCUGAGAUUCUGGUAGCCACGACAUAGUUUUUGAUUUGGCGUUGGCGUGUCGAUCUCGGAUGCCCCAAUUGGAUGAUGGUGGUAGCCUCCAGCAGAGAAGAGGAUGCGGGCGGCUUGGUGUAACGUGAGAUAGGGAAGCAUGUGGGGAGAGUGCACAUAUGUGUCAUAACUUGGGUCAUGAACCUGGAACUUGACCAAUGGAGCAUGAUGCAAUCUGUGCUUUCGAGGACUUCGAUUGUGGAAGAUUUUAAAAUUAGGCAGUUGGAGGAUUCUCUGCGGGUUUUCUAGACUGGCGGUGCAAACUGGGCUGGCGGAACAGCAUGUGGCGAGGGUGCACUGAAUGUGUUGGCGUCAGGGUGUGCUCGGCCGCCUAAAUGGAGGGUUUGUGCAAAAAUCGGAAGGGGUGCCUUUGUGGAAAUCUUGAUCUAUUUCACGAGCACAAGCUUGUAAUUCUUGUGGUAUGGCACACCCACAUUGCAACAUACAAUUUUUUAGUUUUGUUCUUGAUUUUGAAGAAAAUUUAUUUAUUUUUGUUUCUCGGAUGAAAUUAUCUUUUA